AUGUCUGCCAUUAUCGAGACUAAGAAUGCAAUUAGCACAGGUAAUCGUCUUUUUAUCAAAAAUAUUGGUAAAUUCCUCUUACCACAAACUGAUUUAAAUAUAUGCAAUGACAAGCAGUACAUAUUAAUCCAUUAUAGACGUCUUGUAAGGCUUAAACCAUUCAUAUCCCAAAGACAAAUGAUCCAAAACACCUACAUAGGCUAUCUCAAGUAUAAAUUUAAAUAUGAGGAUUUCGAGAAAAGGCGAUCAUUAGUUCUAGGAAAGGAAACAAGCAACCAUAUCAGUUGGAAGACUGAGCUCCUCCAAACUUACAAUUUCAUAAUGACUGCUGUAUCUCAUGUGGAGAAUCAAUCAAUCAAUGCAGAUAGAGAUAUUAUAAUGGCCAAACAGAUAUUAAAAAAUAUUUUAACAUUAGAAUAUUUCAAGAUUGAGAAUAAUGAGAGAAUCGGUCAUACUGAUUUCUAUGAUUACAGGGUUCAAUUCAAACAGCUAAAUGGAAGUGGAAAUCAACAAGACGACAAAGGGGUCGAUUUUGGAGAAUUUGAUAAGGUAGUAAUGUAUCUCAAUGAAACACUUGGAACUAGACUUUGA